CGACCUCAUAAAGAUGGCGGCGCUGUUCUCCCGGUUUGUGUCUGUUUGGGGAAAUGUAAGACAUUUUCUAGUAAAUUCUGUUAUUAUUGGUCAAACAAUGGCGUGCGGCACAAAAAUGGAUACAGACAGAACUACGAAGGUUUGAACAAUCUGUUAAUAUUCUUUCUUCAAAUGAGAAGUUGUACGUUUUGUUUUCCUUGCCUUAUUGAAAACACUGCGUGUCAAUACUGAAUGUAAACAAAUACUUAUUGAGUAAGACUACUUACACAGUAACCGGAUAUUGACUGUCUGUAAUACAGUAGCUAGCUAUCAAUCAUUAGUAUUGAAAUGUAUCGUCAUUAAAAGCAUUGUAUUUGGGACAAAUCAUUCACUUAACCCUAAUCCUCAACUACAUCUUGUAAUGAAUAAUGUGGAAAUUUACCAAGUUGAGGUGACUAAACUGCUUGGAGUAACCCUGGAUUGUAAACUGUCAUGGUCAAAACAUAUUGAUAAAACAGUAGCUAAGAUGGGGAGAAGUCUGUCCAUAAAGCGCUGCUCUGGCUUCUUAACAGCUCUAUCAACAAGGCAGGUCCUUCAGGCUCUAGUUUUGUCGCACCUGGACUACUGUUCAGUCGUGUGGUCAGGUACCACAAAGAGGGACCUCGUAAAAUUACAAUUGGCUCAGAACAGGGCAGCACGGCUGGGCCUUAAAUGUACACGGAGAGCUAACAUGAAUAUGUACAUCUCUCCUGGCUCAAAGUAGAGGAGAAAUUGACUGAGAAAUUGAUCACUACUUGUAUUUGUGAGAGGUAUUGACAUGUUGAAUGCACCGAGCUGUCUGUUUGAACUACUGGCACAAAGCUCAGACACAUUUACAUUACAUUUUAGUCAUUUAGCAGACGCUCUUAUCCAGAGCGACUUACAGUUAGUAAGUGCAUACAUUUUCAUACUGGUCCCCCGUGGGAAUCAAACCCACAACCCUGGCAUUGCAAGCACCAUGCUCUACCAACUGAGCAUACCCCACAAGACAUGCCACCAGAGGUCUCUUCACAGUCCACAAGUUCAGAACAGACUAUGGGAGGCGCACAGUACUACAGCCAUAAUAAAUACAAAUACAAAUGGUGCCUGUUAACUAUUGUAUCAUCGACAAUUGAUAUUGAUUGCAGCAUUGUUGAGAAACUAAAGUAACCCCAGCUAUUGAUUGAUAGCUAUACUGACUGUACUUUGAGGACCUAACUAGCUAGUUAAAUGCUCACUAUUUCUCUAUUACGUACAGCUGGAGUUUGCAGUGCAGAUGACAUGUGACAGUUGUGCAGAGAAAGUCCGAGCUGCACUGGAGGGAACACCAGGUACAUUUUUACCUUUCCAUUCCAGCACUCAAAUGAGUUAUUAGUGUAGUUGGGUAGUAACUACACUUUUGCUAGUGUGCACAAUAGAAUACUCGUUGUUAACUCAGUUGUGUAUUGCUCCUAGGCUUAUGAUCAAUAGUAACACAUUAGAACAAAUGAUGAAUGUUGUUGUUGUUUACUUAGCUAUUAUUAUUGUAUUACCAUUCAGUAGGCUGAUACAGGGGCCGCUCAUGCUUUUGGUAAACAUAAUUUACACUGGAACAAAACCACUGGGCCCCUCCAUGCAUUCCAAGAUAUGAAUCAAACUAAAAGCCAUCUAAAGCAUUUAACGCACAUGGCAGCAGUAUUUGUCACAGUGACGGAUAUCUCGCUUUUAUUUUACUCAUUCCUCCCCUGUGUUUUCUCCUCAUCCAUUCUUUCUCUGUUUUCUCCUCCUCCAUCUCUUUUUUCUCUCUCUCUCUCUGUUGCGCUCCUCAUCCUUUCUUUCUGUUACCGCCUCCUUCAUUCAUUCCCUCUCUCUACAUCCCUCUCUCCUCUCCUUUAUUCUGUGUGUAGGAGUGCAGUCUGUGAAGAUAGACGUGGGGAAGGAGGAGGUUCUGGUGGAGUCUGCUCUGACAUCCCAUGAGGUGCAGGGUCUCAUAGAGAGCACUGGGUGCAGGGCAGUACUAAAGGGCAUUGGAGGAACAGAACCGGGUACGGGCACACUGAGAUGCAUGAACAGGGAUGAAAUCGUAUAUGAUGUACAUCAUUGUCUGCUUUUGUCUGUCAAAAGUACAACUCAUCUCUACUUUUUUUUCCAGACAAGUUCUAUAUGUGUAUUUUUUUGGCUGGACAAUCAUCUCCAUUGUCAUUCAACCGGCAAUGGAUGACUCCCAUUGAAAAGCAUUGGCUCCAUCCGAAAUACUCAGACACAGCCACAGCCCAUAGAGUUAGGUAGAUGACUCUAGAUGGAUACAACAAAUUUUGGCAUGGACGUUGCCAUAGGACUUCCUAUGGGUUAAGGAAGGAUCACAUGAUUCCAUCCGGGUCAGCAGGAGGGAUCAGCCAAUGAAUUAUAUUUGUGAGGAAACACUAGGUGGCAGUGUGUACCUUUUCAGUUUGUCUGCCAACUCAUAGAAGUAGUAGUAGAAGAAGAAGAUGGACUACUUAAAAAUGGAGAUGGCCUCAAUGGCGCUGCCUGUGCUCUGCGCUCACAGGCGCCAUAAUGGGCCAUGUAUAAAGAUGUGAUAUCUAUCUCUGUGCCAUGGCCUAAGAAGGUAGCAGUCACCCUGAGGGUGUAUGAACCACUUGGUGACUUCAGAAUGCCUACACACAUUUACAGACUCCUCCUGUCCAAUAUUUAAGUUAUUAGUAGGCCUACGUCACAGGUGUAUUUGGCAGCAUAUGUGCAUCUGUAUGUGUACUCUACUGUGUGUGUGUGUGUGUACUGUAUAUGCAAAGUUUGUGUGUGUGUCUGUGUGUGUACUCUAUGCAAAUAUUUGUGUGUGUGUGUGUAUCAGACCUGGGUGCAGCGGUGGUCAUGAUGGGCGGUAGUGGUCCUGUCCAGGGGGUGGUACGGUUCCUCCAGCUGUCUGAGGAGCGCUGUCUGAUCGACGGGACCAUUGAUGGUCUGGAACCUGGCGCCCACGGACUCCACGUCCACACGCUGGGAGACCUCACACAGGACUGCCAGAGGUGAUCUUUGUGUGUGUGCAUGUGCGAAACAUGAUAUAUUGUCAACCCCCCAAAAAAAUUUUUUGCCCACAAUUUUCUACAUCCUUCAGAGUUUGCUCAGUCAAUUUUAAAAUAAUCCUUGAAUAGAUCAGUCGCUUUAUGAUUGCAUCACUGCAGCUCAUGAUGAGGUCACAGUUGCACCUGCUUGCCCCAGAGGAUCAUGAGAGUGGAUUACUCAUUUUUCUCUCUGCCUGUGUGUUUGUACAGCUGUGGAGAACACUAUAACCCCUAUGGGAAACAACAUGGUGCCCCGCAGGACCCAGAAAGGGUACAGUUUCCUUGACUUCUUCUAGAGUAGGGCUACACUGUAUAGUUCUGUUUAGUUCCUUGUGAAACUGGGGUACUUUCUUUCUGAGAUGUUAGGCUUUCAGGAAGUACCUUUUUACCAUCUCAAAGAGAUGAUAUAAUAGGAUUGAUCUGAUUAGGUAUUGAUUAGACUGAUAUUGGUUCACUCUUGCCUUUUCAAAAGGUUGGGAUAUUCAUAGUUGUGAUAUUCAUGGUCUUGGUUGUGAUAUUCAGUUAAAUGUGUUUUUCUUCCAGCAUGUAGGUGAUCUAGGGAAUAUUGUGGCCGGAUCAGACGGUCGAGCCUCAUUCAGACUAGAGGACCCUGAGCUGAAGGUAACACACCCAACCCCUUAUGGUCUAAAACCUAUGUAUUUACAUGGGUAGUGACAUAGGCAGGUACAGUGUAAUUACAGUGAAGGCAUUUAGUACAUGUUGUUAUAGUGGGUUGGGGAAUGCACAAUUGCAAGAAUUUACAACUAAACUCUAUGGAGAUAACUGAGUAAUCUAGAACAAUACUUCUAAGUGGAGGGGAGGUUUAGCCACAAUUGAAUACUGAGCACAGCACACUGGUCAGCGGUACCAACACCAUUGACAGUAGCCACUCUUAUCCCUCCUCUGUCACUUCCUGCUUUACUUCCUGCAGGUGUGGGACGUGAUUGGUCGGUCUCUGGUGGUGGAUGCUGGGGAGGAUGACCUGGGAAGGGGGGCUCACCCCCUCUCCAAACUGACAGGGAACUCCGGCCAGAGGUGAGCUCAUGGUAGAGGCGAGAUGUGGAUAGCGUUUGGGUGGACGUACUGUAGGUAAAAGUUGAAUUAAUUAAGUUGCAUUUAUAGUGAAAAAUGCACUGGUGCUGAUAUUUUCUUUUUGUUUCUCUUUCUUUUCUCUCGCUCUUUACCCCCCACCUCUUUCUCUGUCUGUGUAUAAAUUGCUCUGUGCUCGUUGGGUACAGGCUGGCCUGUGGGAUCAUCGCUCGCUCCGCUGGCCUGUUCCAGAACGCCAAGCAGAUUUGUGCGUGUGACGGGGUGACUCUGUGGGAGGAGAGGGACCGACCGCUGGCAGGGACGGGUCGCAGCAAGACCACUACAGAGAUACCUGCUGCUCACCUGUGACCUGGGGUCUGUUCAGGAAGAUGUGAUGUUACAGAACGUUAAAAAAAUACAUGUAUUGUGUAGAACCGAUAUGAUUGUGUGUCAGAUGGAACAGGGAAUCCUGUCAGCACUAUUAAUUAUAUUUCUAUCUGCAACGUUCAAAACGUUUCAUAUCUCUGAAUACACCCAUGAACGGCCAACCUCACUGGCUGUCGCUGAUGAUGUCACACACUGACUGAAGUUGCACUGAGAGAGAGUGAGGAGGAGAAGAAACCGAAACCAAAGAAUUGUCUAUUCAGCUGUAAUAAUUAUUGAGUUGCCAUAUGGAAUUCUUUCAAGAUCGGAACCUGUUAUAACAGUUUGAAGAAAAACAACAGCACAGGAAUAUGAUAGAGGUGUCUAGACACUGAAUUAUCUCCCAUAUAGGCAAGAUCAGGGUUCCAAGCCCAAACAUCCCAUGUUGACUAUUCUGUUGUUGUCGACUAAGUUUAACAGUUUUGUACUAUCAAGCAGUCAAUGUUGUAAUUCUGUUUGAUUACAAUUUCAUACUAAUCUCAACUGCUUAACUGUCUAAAUAUCUGUCCCUUGAACUCUGGAUGUGCUCAUUGUGUCAUUGUGUGUUUUUAAACUGUGGGGGUUGAUUGGAUUGACUUGAGAUGGUGACUGUUUUAGUGGUUCCAUUACCCGUCGGUAGAAUGCCAAUCUACUAGGGUGAAUCUCAGGUCUUUCCUUGAUUCCUCGCAUCCUCUCAGGUCACAUUGGAGGUGAAGAUCACCUCAGAUCUUCUCCAAUUAGUUUUGGGGAGUCGAGGAGAGAGGAUGCGAGGAAUCGAGGAAAUACUUUAGGGCGGCAGGUUGGGCCAGUAACCGAGGGUCGAUGGUUUGGGUCCCCGACCUCACUAGGUGAAGAGUCUGUUGAUGUGCCCUUGAGUGGGGCACUUAACCCGAGUUGCUCCUGUGGGUCGCUCUGGAUAAGAGCUUCUGCUAAAUGACUAAAAUGUA